GAGAUUAGGUUGUGCUGUCUAUUCUAUUCUAUUCUCUCACACUCUCAUUCGCACACUCUCAUUCUCUCUCUUUGCGGCUAGGGUUUUAGGUUUCCGCCCUCUCAUUUCCUUCAAUCGUCUUCUUCUCUUUGAUCUCCCUUGCGUUUCUGUUUCGUUCAAAAUGGAAACUUUGCUAGUUUAAAACCAAGAAGUGGUCGAGGCUUUGUGUUUGGGAACGUACGGUGUUGUUUUGGGAUUGUGAAAAACAGAUUCUGAGAGAUGGCAACCAUGAACCCAUUUGAUUUGUUGGGUGACGACGCAGAGGACCCUUCACAGCUCAUAGCGGCCGAGCAACUCAAGGCGGCGGCAGCGGCUGCGGCGGCCGCCGCGGCUCCCAAGAAGGCGCCUGUUCAGCAGAACAAGCCGGCUCAGCUGCCCACCAAGCCUCCUCCUCCUGGUCAAGCCGUUAGGGAGUCCAGAAAUGAGCCUGUUCGUGGAGGCCGUGGAGGUGGACGAGGUGGUGGACGUGGGUUUGGACGUGGUCGUGGGUUUGGUAGGGACUCUUCCAAUGAUGAGAAUUCGUUUCCUGGCACUGGAACUCCUUACAAUUCAGGUUCUUUUGAAGAAGGAGAUGCUGGGAAGUCUUCUGAAAGACGUGGGUACGGUGGACCACGAGGUCCUUAUCGUGGUGGGCGCCGUGGAGGUUUUAGCAAUGGUGAAAGUGGUGAAGGUGAAGAAGGACGCCCUCGAAGAGCAUUUGAUCGUCGCAGUGGGACGGGCCGAGGAAAUGAAUUUAAACGUGAAGGUGCUGGACGUGGUAAUUGGGGAACGCAAAGUGAUGAUAUUACCCAGGAAACUGAGGAAGUUGUGAAUGAAACUGAAAAGAAUUUGGGAGAUGAGAAGCCUGCAGUUGAAGAAGUAGCUGAUGGAAACAAGGAUAAUCCUGCCAAUGACACUGAAGAGAAAGAGCCUGAAGAUAAGGAGAUGACUCUGGAGGAAUACGAGAAAGUGCUGGAAGAGAGAAGGAAGGCCUUCCAAGCACUCAAGACUGAAGGGAGAAAGGUGGACACUAAAGAAUUUGCAUCCAUGCAACCCUUGUCAAGCAAAAAGGACAAUCAUGACAUAUUCAUUAAACUGGGAUCUGAUAAAGAUAAGCGAAAGGAGGCUUUUGAGAAGGAAGAAAAAUCCAAGAAGUCUGUUAGCAUCACCGAAUUCCUGAAGCCUGCUGAAGGGGAAACUUACUACAACCCAGGUGGACGUGGUAGAGGCCGUGGCCGUGGCUCUCGUGGUGGUUUUCGUGGAGGUGUUACCAACAGUGCACCUGCCCCAUCCAUUGAAGAUCCUGGGCAUUUCCCAACCUUGGGUGGCAAGUGAGGUUUCCCAGAACCCUUUUGACAUAUCCUUGUCAUAUUUUCAGUUUUGGGUUCUCAUUUAAACUUAUGCAGGAAAAGAACUACGGUUAUUGGAUUUCCUGGUUCAGAAGGGUCAUUUAAUUAUGUCUUAACAUGUAAAUUUAGGUUGUUCUUCAUACGGUCCUGUAUCCCUUGUAGCCUGUUUCCCCAUAUGCUUUGCUUUUGUCUGCGUUUGACAUGUUUGGGGUAUAUGGUGGGGGGAAGGUGGUAAGAGACAUAAGUGUUGUUGAGUUUCCUUUUCUUCAUAGAUAGACAACUCAGUUUUGCUUCAGAUUUUGGUUUCUUAUCUUCAAUCCCAGUCAAACAAGAAUAAGUUGGAACAUAAGUUGAAGGCGUCCUUGGUUUUCUUUUUUUACCAGGGCUCUUUCUCUGCCUGGUGCCAGUGCCAGUGCUUAGCACUGCCUAAAUUUCUGCUAGAUAGCCUUACAUAAUGAGUUAGAACAUAAUUGGACUAUUCUA